GCAGGCAGGAAGGAAAGAUCGAGGUGGACGACUCCGCCCGCGCGCGCGGACAAAAUCUGCCGGAGAGGACGGGAGUCCAGAGAGCGCGCGACGCACGCGGGAGAACCGGGCUCCGCACGAGAAGAAACCUCUCGCGCUCUCUGUCUCUCCCCGACCCCGGCCUCGGAGCUCCCCCCCGUCGGGCGGGAUGGACGCGGGGAACGGCCUGAGCAACGGCGGGGCGGCCGAGGCGGCGCCCGAUGGGACGACGGUGUUCCGGGCCACUGCCCACUCGCGGCUGCGCACCACGGUCGCGCUGGCGCUCUGGCUGGGGGCCAUCCACUUCAACGUCCUCCUCCUCCUCGCCGCCCUCUUCCUCCUCCCACGCCGCAUCGCCGCCAUGGUGCUCGCCACGCAGCUCUUCUUCAUGCUCGUGCCCGUCAGCGACAAGAGCAGGAUUGGCCGCAAGAUCGCCAGGUUCGUAAGCCAAAACGUCAUCGGCCACUUCCCAGUCACUCUACAUGUGGAGGACUACCAAGCCUUCGACCCCAAAAGAGCCUACGUGUUCGGCUAUGAACCCCACUCUGUUCUGCCCAUCGGCUUGGGCGCCCUUAUUGACCUUGUUGGAUUCAUGCCAUUGCCGAAAAUAAAGGUUCUCGCAAGCAGCGCGGUGUUCUACACCCCGUUCUUGAGGCAGAUAUGGACGUGGUUGGGUCUGGUUCCUGCGUCGAGGAAGAGCUUUUACUCCUACCUUGGUGCUGGUUACACUUGCAUCAUUGUGCCUGGAGGUGUGCAGGAGAUACUUCACAUGGAUCAUGAUUCUGAGGUUGUUUUUCUCAAAUCAAGGAAAGGUUUUGUUAAGAUAGCUAUGGAGACAGGUUCUCCUUUAGUCCCCGUUUUCUGCUUCGGACAGGGCUCUGUGUAUAAGUGGUGGAGGCCAGGUGGCAAGUUAAUUGUCAAGAUUGCUAGAGCAAUUAAGUUUACUCCGAUUAUCUUCUGGGGUAAAUUCGGGACCCCCAUCCCUUUUGCCACACCGUUGCAUCUGGUUGUUGGAAAACCAAUUGAGGUUAAGAAAAAUCCUCAGCCUACCUAUGAUGAGAUAAAUGAGGUUCAUGAACAGUUUGUUGUUGCGAUGCAAGAACUAUUCGAAAAGUACAAGACGAAAGCCGGAUAUGACAAACUCAAAUUAAGAGUACUAUGACGGCUGUUCCAUCAUCCGAACAUAAGCUCUUGCAAGAUGUGUUCACUGAAGCUGGAGUGUGUUUCAUUUCAAGAGCCAUCACAAUGAUACAGUUGCUCCUAAUAUGUGAAGUUCAAGCAGCUGGAUGUAAAAAAUGUAUAUUUGUUUGCCCAUAAAGCGCUCAGGAGUUUCUGUACUUUCAAUUACCAUAUGUUGGUUUCGGUGGGGAGUAGCAGAAAGGAUCAAACUUGAUAACAUGUAGUAUAUCAUCUUAGCACCCCAUCCCUGAGCUUAAUUCAGAGUUGCCUCAGCGUGCUCUGAGUAAUAACUGGGAAAAUCAAGGCUGUGCCAACUUCAGGAAGAAAUGCAAGUGAAAGAGAAUGC